AUGUUUUACGACAAGGAAGUCAAGGAGGAGCCUGAUCGCCUACACCGCGUGCUCAGGCUCAUAUACACCUCAAAAGCGCCAACAUUCUCCAAGGCCGACCUUGAGCGCAUCGGAGUCACGACUGGAUCUUUCGAUCUCUGGGACGCAGUCUUCCUCAGCAAUGACAGCAAGUGCUUCUUCAAACCAUUCAGCAAGGAAGAACUCCACAAAUGGAGGAUACCAGCACAUGUGGCUGGCUGUUCGGAUAUCAAAAAGCGUUUGGAUCUGAAAGAAGUGGACCCCAACUCGAGCCUUGCUCAGAACCCUAGCUCUAGUGAGAUUCGUCAGGGAAUUAGAGAUGUCUUGGCCUAUCUGAACACCCACUUUACCUUCCGAUCAAAUGGCAUAGUUCCACUCUGUGGGGAAUUGGGAUGGUCUGUCAUCGAUCCUCGCAUGAUCGGUCUGCAAAACACACACUUUCUCUUCUCCGGUCACGGAACCCAGGAAGAAACACACUUCCUAUCAUGGCAGGUUUGGUCAAUGCAAGUGUGGCGUGAGAAAAACCUCGCCGGCGUUAACUUCGAAACUGGGCCUUCCGUCCGCAUGAUCAUCAGUACUGAAGCUAUUGGUCCCUGCGACCGAAUCUUUCUGCACGAGCUAGGGGCCAUAGCUGAGUGCAUUUCCUUCCGCCGGCGCCAGCAAACAUCUGCAACAUAUCCCAUCGUACCAGUCCUUUUGCUUUCUUUCUUUGGACGACGGAACGGACGCAUCAUACAGGCUUGUUAUGACAUGAAAACUGGGAAAAUCGAGCUACUCAUCUCCCCAAUCCUGUCUUUCUUGAACAAGGAUGAUACUGAUUUCGAUAUCUUUCUGCGCUUCAUGGCAAGUUGUCCACCUGAGUCGUGUUCCCUUGAUCAGAGUCUCUCUCGGAUGUCAAUUUCAAGUCCUCCUACCGAUAUCGAACCACGCUCGUUCCAAGGAAUUUGA